AAAUCCAACAGAUGCUUCGUUCCGCUGCUCAUUCUGCGACAAUUUCCGCUGCUUCCUCUCGUCUUUCUAAUGCAGCAUUGACGACUGGCAUUCGCUCAUUUGCUUCUGCCAAGCCCAAGACUCUCAAGGAGCGUCUUGUAGAAAUCAUUCCUGCCAAACAGGCUGAAGUAAAGGAAAUCCGUAAAAACUUUGGCUCCAAAGUUCUUGGCGAAACCACAGUGGAAAUGGCUUAUGGUGGUAUGCGUGGUAUUAAAGGCUUGGUCUGGGAAGGCUCCGUACUUGACGCUGAUGAGGGCAUUCGUUUCCGUAACUACACUAUCCCCGAGUGCCAGAAACUUCUCCCCAAGGCUGAGGGUGGUGAAGAGCCCCUUCCUGAAGGUCUCUUUUGGUUGCUUGUCACGGGUGAGAUUCCCACUGUUGAGCAGGUUCGUGCCCUCUCCGCUGACUGGGCUGCCCGUUCUGCUAUUCCUGCAUACGUCGAAGACAUUCUGGAUCGUUGCCCAAACACCCUUCAUCCCAUGAGCCAAUUUAGUUUGGCCGUUACUGCCCUUCAGCAAGAGAGUUCUUUUGCCAAGGCUUACCAAAAGGGUGCAUCCAAAUCUGAUUAUUGGGACUACACUUUUGAAGACGCGAACGAUUUGAUUGCCAAGGUUCCCAGCAUUGCUGCUCGUAUCUAUCGUAAUACAUUCAAGGAUGGCAAAGUUUCAAAUGUUGAUUCUUCCCUCGAUUACUCUGCCAACUUUUCGCAUCUUCUUGGCUACAAGGAUCCCAAGUUUAUUGAGCUGAUGCGUCUUUAUCUCACUAUCCACUCUGAUCACGAGGGUGGAAAUGUUAGUGCACAUACUUCCCGCCUUGUUUCAAGUGCUCUUUCUGAUCCAUACCUUUCAUUCGCUGCUGGUCUUAAUGGUCUUGCUGGUCCUCUCCACGGUCUUGCCAAUCAGGAGGUUCUUCGCUGGGUUAUGAAAAUGAAAGAUACUAUUGGCCUCGAACCUACUGACGAUCAAGUUAAGGAGUAUAUCUGGGCAGGUCUUAAAAAUGGCCAGGUUGUUCCUGGGUACGGUCAUGCUGUUCUUCGCAAAACUGAUCCUCGCUACUCUUCCCAGCGUGAAUUUGCUCUCAAGCAUUUGCCUACUGACCCCAUUUUCAAACUUGUAUCGCAGCUGUAUAACAUUGUUCCAGCUGUGCUUACUGAGCACGGAAAGACCAAAAACCCAUGGCCCAAUGUUGAUGCUCACAGUGGUGUCCUUCUUCAGCACUUUGGCUUUGUUGAACAAGACUUUUACACUGUCCUCUUUGGCGUUUCUCGUUCUCUUGGAUGCAUGUCUGGUGUCAUUUGGGAUCGUAUCCACGGUCUUCCAAUUGAGCGUCCCAAAUCGCUCAGCACAGAGUCCAUCAAGAAGAUGUUCCAGAAAUAAGCCUACUGAUUUUACGCAUCUAAUCUCUUGGCAACAGUUACAUCACCAUCUCACCUUUUCUACUAGCUUUACAUCUAUUCUUUUUGAAUUGCUUCUAUCUAGAAUGAAUCACCGUUUUCAUUUACUUG